UUUAUUAUUUGUCACAAAGAGUUCAUGGUCACUAUGUCAAAAAUAUUUUGAUGCUUUGUUUAGAAAUUGUAGUGUAAGAAGUGUAUCCCAAAAAUAGUAUGACUUGAAUUAAAAAUCAUGAAAGCAGCAAAACUACAGGAAAUAUUUUUGAUACUUUGUUACAUUAUUACACAAAUUGCAGUGGAACCUGUUGUGAGCAUUCUUUCGUACGAAAACAAAAAUUUUCUUAAAAUCAAGCAAGAUCCAGCUUCGUUUCAGUUAGCAUUUAGAAACAAGAAACAUGCUCCUGAUAGAUACUCUAACGAUACAACUCCACGCGGCAAUACUAUGAUGAAUGCGAUUAGGACAUCACUCAACACUCCUGUAGGAACGAGCCCGAACUACAACCAAAUUAAAAACAACAAUGCUUAUAACAAUGAUAAGCCUAUUUCUCAGUACAAAAAAUGGCAAGUAGGAAGAGUAAGUCGAAAACAGUAUGAAAUUAUAAACAUGUUGUGGAGAAAAACAAAAAUAUUUAAUGAUGUGGAUUCAACCACUUCUAGCUAUCGACAAAGGCGUAAUAACGGGAGUGAAAGAAUUGUAGACAAUGUUCCUGUGUUUCGUCCACCUCUCGCAAGACUUCCAGCUCGACCGAGUGUCUCGUCUACAACUCGAAGCUUUAUUGAAUUCUAUUAUUUGGAUGAAACAGAUGAUCGUUUGAAAGAUUUUCCAUCUAAAAAGUUAGUUCAGGUUCCAAACCGUAGUAAAGAACAGCAGCAGCAAGUUAGAAAUGAGAACCAUGAAUUUGUUCUUGCUAAUUCCCACAUGUUUUCUUUUCGCAUUGAUGAUAAUGCCUACAAACGGACGAAGACGACCACUAGAUUUUCGCAACCAACAAAUAGAAUGAGAAGACGUAAAACCAGAACACAUUCUUCUUUAACUGGGUUUGAGUCUCUUAAUUCUAUAACACCUUCAUUUAAAUUACGUCUGCAACGUCAACAACAACAAAUCAAGUAUGAUAACUUAAUUCCAACGAAAUCUUCAAGAGAAAUUAAAAUGAAUGUAACAGUAAAUACCUCGACUCCAACUGUUGCAAAAAACAAUGGUGCAAUUAGAACUCUUGUUACAAAUGGCUUUGAUAACGAUACAUGUCCAAUAACUACAGAAGACAACAUGGCAAAUGAAAAUAUAACAUCUGCACAUAAUAACAAAAUACUAAACACAACCCCGAUGGAGGAGACGACAGCAUACGACAAGAUUAAAUUUUUCGAAAUGUAUGACAGACACACAUCCUUCCCAUAUUAUGAUCAAAACGGGAGAUUAAUUGACGUGGACAAUACAGAUAUUUUGAUCAGGCGAAAUGAAUUAAACAAUAAUGAACGAAAGACACUUUUGGAACACGUUGAUCAAGAUAUUUCUAAAGAACAUAAUCAGCCUCAUAAGUCAAAACAUUCUAAGAAACAUAUAGUCGAAACUUUCAAAAACGAUAUCCAACUCCAAAGUGAUAUCAAUUCAAUUCCAGUUGUCAACAAUACAGUGAAAGCUGAAAUAUUGAAUGAUUCAGAUGCAAACACCAAUACAACACAAGACGUGAAACAAACAAAACAUUCUGAUUUAUUCGAGUAUAAAAGGAGCAAGCAUGUAGACUGGACUCGGUAUCCAUUUGUUGCUGCCUAUGUAUACGAGCCAUCACAGGUGCACUGUGACGCUGCUGGUAUUAGUCCUCAUUGGCUAAUCACAUCUGGGUCAUGUCUGUCGAGGCAUCAUAAGAAUCCAAGUGGAGAAGGUCGGUCAGCCUUUGUGACGUACUGUGGAGAUUCUUGGUGGACUCCAGAACGCGUGGCUUACGUCAAAUAUAGCCUGGUGCACCCACGUUACAACCCAAGGGAUAAAACGCGAAGACACCUCUAUAAUAUCGGUCUAAUUCAAGUGAUAACUUCAAUGGCAUCAGCGUGCAGCGCUUGGUCGUCGAUUUCCAUGAUGUCCCAUCAAUUCGUAGCUGAUGAAAAAGGAACUCUUGCCAAUGCGGUUGGAUGGGGUUUAGAUAGAUUCGACUCAAGAUAUUCAUCCAGUGAUUUACCGAAGUCACCGCUUAUGUCGUACGAAAAUGAAGUAUUCUCUGAUUCCUGUCCCGGCAAUGUGGGGUACAGUAAAGCGAAGCGGCUUGCCGAAGAUGGUGGUGUCAAAAACGUGUACUGCCUGGCUUUGCCGCCAUAUGCUGGCGAGGACAGUGACCCCAUCCACGGUGGCUUGCUGCUCGUCGGAGGAAAAUUGGUCGCCUUAUACUUACAGGAAGAAAGGCGGCCUUGGGGCGACCAGUCUGCUCAGUACACAGGCAUCUGGCGACUUGUUCCAUGGAUCCUCGAUGUGGCUCGAGAGAACGAUGACGUAGACGCUUUCACACUCGAUAUGUAAUACCUACUUAUUUUAUGCGAUCUGGAACAAGAAUUCACAUAUCUACUGAACUGAAAAUAACAUGGAUGAACAAGUGAGAAAAAAUUCUAUUCUUUCCUUACUAACGUACGAAAAUUCUUGUAGGUAAAAGGUUUUAUCGCCUCUAGUCUUCCAAAACGGGCCAUUGAACUCAGUAUUGCAAAUAAAAUUCA